ACCGGAUACAGGGCGAUUUGGACGACGAGUAGCUCGGUGAAUAUGGCGUUUAUUGGGGACUUGGACCCUUUCACCGCUACCAUACCUGCUACCAAAGUUGAGCUCACCGUAUCCUGCAGAAACCUGCUGGACAGAGACACGUUUUCCAAGUCUGACCCAAUCUGCGUGCUGUACACUCAAGGAAUAGCCAACAGGGAGUGGCGAGAGUAUGGCAGGACAGAGGUCAUAGACAACACCCUCAACCCUGACUUUGUCCGCAAAUUCAUCCUGGACUAUUUCUUUGAGGAGAGGCAGAAUCUACGCUUUGACCUGUACGAUUUAGACUGCAAGAGUGACAACCUCUCUAAACAUGACUUCCUGGGCCAGGCCUUCUGUACCCUGGGAGAAGUGGUUGGCUCUCUGGGAAGCCGCUUGGAAAAACCUUUGAUUGGAAUCCCAGGGAAGAAAUGUGGCACCAUCAUCGUGAGAGCAGAGGAGCUGAGCAACUGCAGGGAGUCAGUGAUGCUACAGUUUUGCGGUAACAAGCUGGAUAAGAAGGACUUCUUUGGGAAAUCUGACCCUUUUCUUGUCUUUUACCGCAGUAAUGAAGACGGAUCGUAUACCAUCUGCCAUAAGACAGAAGUGGUGAAAAAUACUCUGGAUCCAGUGUGGCAGGCCUUUAAAAUUCCGGUCAGGGCUCUGUGCAAUGGAGACUAUGACAGGAGCAUUAAGGUGGAGGUGUACGACUGGGAUAGAGAUGGAGGUCAUGACUUUAUCGGCGAGUUCAGCACCAGCUACAGAGAAAUGUCCAGAAGCCAAUCGCAGUUCCACAUAUAUGAGGUGCUAAAUCCAAAGAAGAAAGGAAAGAAGAAGAAAAAGUACCUAAACUCAGGAACGGUCACUCUCCUGUCCUGCCUGGUGGACACAGAGCUGUCGUUCCUGGACUACAUCAAAGGCGGGACUCAGAUUAAUUUCACAGUGGCAAUUGAUUUCACAGCGUCAAAUGGUAACCCAUCCCAGCCCACCUCGCUCCACUACAUGAGCCCAUACCAGCUGAACGCGUAUGCCAUGGCUCUGCGGGCCGUCGGCGAGAUUAUCCAGGACUACGACAGUGACAAGAUGUUCCCUGCAUUGGGCUUUGGUGCCAAGCUUCCUCCUGAUGGACGGGUCUCGCACGAAUUCGCCCUGAACGGCAAUCCGCAGAACCCGUACUGCAGUGGUAUUGAGGGGGUGAUGGAGGCCUAUUACCAGAGCCUGAAAUCUGUGCGUCUCUAUGGACCCACCCACUUCUCCCCUGUCAUUAACCAUGUGGCCAGGUAUGCGUCGGCGGUGACUGAUGGCUCCCAGUACUUCAUCCUCCUCAUCAUCUCUGAUGGCGUCAUCACAGACAUGGCACAGACCAAGGAGUCUAUAGUCAAUGCUGCUUCUCUUCCCAUGUCAAUUAUAAUAGUUGGGGUUGGACCAGCAGAAUUCGAUGAAAUGAUCGAGCUGGACGGGGACGAGGAGAGGAUCUCAUCCCAAGGCCGAUUUGCUGAGAGGGACAUUGUUCAGUUUGUCCCCUUCAGAGACUACAUCGACCGGCGGGGAAACCACAUCCUCAGCAUGGCUCGACUGGCCAAGGAAGUGCUGGCUGAAAUCCCUGACCAGUUGCUGUCUUACAUGAGAACCAGAGGCAUCAAGCCUGGCCCCUUGCCACCUCCGUAUACAACGGCCAUCCACCCCCUCCUCACCAGGCGGGUAAGCCGAAUCUAA